AUGCCAUCCAAGGCUCAGUCAUUGGAGCCCUGUGCAUUCUGCAACAUCAUUGAGGGAACUGAGCCUAGCUACAAGAUAUACGAGACUGAUUAUGUUGUGGGAUUCUUAGAUAUACAACCCGCACGACGAGGCCACGUCCUUAUCAUCCCGAAGGUCCAUAUCGAGUUGUUUUCCCAACUACCGGAGAAGUACGCAGCUGCUUUGGGCGAUGCCCUAGUUAAAGUUUCAAAGGCUUUGACAUUAGCUCUUGAUAACCAGGCAUUGACAGUAACUUUGAAUCAAGUCUACGCUCAGGUUGUUCCUCAUGCUCAUUUCCACAUUGUUCCCGCCCCUGACUUUCGGAGUACCUCCACUUCGGCUCGGGUUGGCAACAACAAGGUUGAAGUAUUCCCAGGGCGACAUCAACUGGAUGAUGACGAUGCGAUUGAAGUGGCGAAAAUGAUUAAAUCGCGCUUGUGA